GUUUACCCUCCCUCUCAUGCCCUCUAAACGCUAAACAUUAUACCGUUUUAGCGUAUUGUUUCUUGUCUCUCUUCUCUAUGUCCUUUCUGUCGAUAUUUUCUUAGCUAGACUUGCAGGGAAGGAAAAGUAGAUGUGCAGUGCAUAAACCCUAAUCUUUCUCGGCAGUGGCCCGAUCAACUCAUUUUCUCUCUCAAUUCAAGUAACCUACAAUAUGACUGAAGACGUCGAGAUGAAGGAACUUCCUGCUCCCUCCAACUCCGCCACCUCCUCUUCCCCUUCCACACUCAACCAUUUGAAGGAGAUCGCUUCACUGAUUGAGACUGGUGCCUAUGCCCGGGAGGUGCGGCGGAUAGUGCGGGCUGUGCGCCUGACGAUGGCCUUAAGGCGAAAGCUCAAGGCUCAAGUGCUCUGUGCCUUCCUCAAUUUCGCUCUUAGUCCGGGAUCUGAGCCUCAUAAUCGGCUAGCCGCCCAUCUUCCCAAGGAGGAUGAGCAUGAAAUGGAGUUUGAUACUGCAACAUCUGUUUCUCAAUCUCCUGUGAAACACCCCUUACCAGAGCUGGAGAUAUACUGCUACUUGCUGGUGCUAAUAUAUCUGAUUGAUCAGAAGAAGUACAGUGAGGCUAAAGCUUGUUCAUCAGCAAGUGUUGCCCGUCUGAAGAACCUGAAUAGGAGGACUGUUGAUGUUCUGGCAUCCAGGCUUUACUUUUAUUACUCUCUUAGCUAUGAACUUACUGGUGAUCUUGCUGAAAUCAGAGGUAACCUCCUUGCUCUUCACCGCAUUGCAACAUUGCGCCAUGAUGAGCUUGGCCAGGAAACACUACUCAACCUGCUACUUCGCAAUUACCUCCACUACAAUUUGUAUGAUCAAGCAGAGAAGCUGAGGUCAAAGGCGCCACGAUUUGAAGCUCAUUCAAAUCAGCAGUUCUGCCGGUACCUCUUUUACCUGGGAAAGAUCAGGACAAUUCAGUUGGAGUACACUGAUGCAAAGGAGUCCCUCCUUCAAGCUGCCCGUAAAGCUCCUGUUGCAGCCCUUGGUUUUCGAGUUCAAUGCAAUAAAUGGGCCAUUAUUGUCAGAUUACUGCUGGGAGAAAUCCCUGAGAGGACUGUUUUUAUGCAGAAAGGGAUGGAGAAUGCUUUGAGGCCGUACUUUGAGUUGACAAAUGCUGUUCGGAUAGGGGAUUUGGAACUCUUUAAAUCUGUUGCCGAGAAGUUCUCAACCACUUUCAGUUCAGACAGGACUCACAAUUUAAUUGUAAGACUGCGGCACAAUGUCAUAAGGACUGGGCUUCGCAACAUCAGUAUUUCUUAUUCUCGAAUUUCACUAGCUGAUGUGGCCAAGAAGUUAAGGUUGGACACUGCAAACCCUGUUGCUGAUGCUGAGAGUAUUGUAGCCAAGGCAAUACGAGAUGGUGCAAUUGAUGCAACUAUUGAUCAUGCUAAUGGGUGGAUGGUAUCAAAGGAAACAGGAGAUAUCUACUCUACAAACGAGCCUCAAAUUGCAUUUAAUUCAAGGAUUGCUUUCUGCCUCAACAUGCAUAAUGAUGCAGUUCGUGCACUUAGGUUUCCACCAAAUUCCCAUAAGGAGAAAGAAAGCGCUGAAAAGAGAAGGGAGAGACAACAGCAAGAGCAGGAGCUAGCAAAGCACAUAGCUGAGGAGGAUGAUGAUGAGUUUUAAAUUGGAAUCUGCAAAAGGUUAACUAUUUUCACCAUCAAAUGCUUUCUUGUGUGGCUGUGCAACUUUCUUUAAGAACAUCCCCACAAAAAUGUUAUCGCUUUCCAAUUUUUUUAUGUUCUAAUUUAGGAUUCUGUCCCGUAUUUAAGCAAUAUCUGUUCAACUAUUUUGAGUUGUAUGGUGGGGUAGCUCCUAUUGAACUAUCUUUUAAGUUGAUAAUUAUUUGAUUUUGCUGCA